AUGAAGGCUCUCAUUCUCGUCGGAGGGUUUGGCACCCGUCUACGACCUCUCACUCUCACUCUACCCAAGCCGCUGGUCGAGUUUGCGAACAAGCCCAUGAUCCAGCAUCAGGUCGAGGCCCUGGCUGCUGCCGGUGUGACCAACAUCGUGUUGGCUGUAAACUACAGGCCCGAGAUCAUGACCAAGGCGUUGAAGGAGUACGAGGAGAUGUACAAUGUCAAGAUUGACUUCUCCGUGGAAACUGAGCCUCUUGGUACCGCCGGUCCUCUGAAGCUCGCCGAGUCCAUCCUGGGCAAAGACGAUACUCCCUUCUUCGUCCUCAACUCCGACGUCAUCUGCGACUACCCCUUCAAGCAGCUCGCCGACUUCCACAAGGCACACGGCGAAGAGGGCACAAUUGUGGUCACAAAGGUCGAGGAGCCCUCAAAAUACGGUGUGGUGGUGCACAAGCCCAACCACGCUUCGAGAAUCGACCGCUUCGUCGAGAAGCCCGUUGAGUUCGUUGGAAACCGUAUCAAUGCCGGUAUAUACAUCUUGAAUACCUCGGUGCUGAAGCGCAUCGAGCUACGGCCCACGUCGAUCGAACAAGAGACCUUCCCUGCUAUUUGCAAGGACGGCCAGUUGCACUCUUUUGACUUGGAGGGUUUCUGGAUGGAUGUGGGACAGCCAAAGGACUUCCUUUCUGGAACCUGCCUCUACCUCUCCUCGCUCUCGAAGAGGGGUUCGAAGCAGCUUACCCCAGUCUCUGAAUCGUUCGUGCAUGGUGGAAACGUCCUCAUCGACCCAACUGCCAAGAUCGGCAAGAACUGCCGUAUUGGUCCCAAUGUAACAAUUGGACCAGGUGUCGUGGUCGGAAAUGGUGUUAGGUUGCAGCGAUGCGUGCUGUUGGAAAACAGCAGGGUCAAGGACCAUGCCUGGAUCAAGUCCACCAUUGUUGGCUGGAACAGCUCCGUCGGCAAGUGGGCACGUCUGGAGAAUGUUACCGUGCUCGGAGACGACGUCUCCAUCGGAGAUGAGAUUUACGUCAAUGGCGGCUCUGUGCUACCCCACAAGUCUAUCAAGGCGAACGUCGACUCUCCGGCGAUCAUUAUGUAA